GAAGUUUAUUGUUGUGUUAUUUACUCUCGCAGUUAAGUUUGUAGGAUCCGUGGUUUUAGUUUAACACGGCAGCUAAACCAAGCGGGGUUGUGCUUUUAUUUCAACUUCUAACCUCUGGCGGUUAAGUUUUGGGAAUUUUUGAUUCGUGUUCACCCCGACAGUUAUUUAGAAGUUUUUUGAUGUUCUUAAACCGACAACUAAGCCUGACAGCGUUUGUGCCAGGUCCAUUUGAAACUUGAAGAUUUGUAGUAAUAUUUUAACUUUGGCGGACAGAUAAGGAAGCUUUUUGAUUGAAUUUAUUGCGAACGGAUUGCGCUUGCCAAGUCGGAGGGUUUGGUGGUUAAACUUGGAUGUUUUGCGAUUCGUGACAUUUUGUCUAAUAAAAAGCAGCUAUAAAAUUUGAGGAUCUCAUGUUCUGAUCAGUCGAUCAGCCAUGGAUAGGGCAGCGAAGAACUGGGAGAGACUCGUACGUGCGACCUUGCAGAGAGGGCAGCUCAGAAGCCAUGUGCCCAAAAGAGCUGCCAGUGGGCUUGCAGGCACCGUGCCCGCCUCUUUACAACACACAGCUAAUAUAGAUGCCAUUCUCAAGGCUGCAGAUGAAAUUCAGGAUGAGGAUCCCAACGUAGCUCGCAUCUUGUGUGAGCAUGCCUAUUCUUUGGCACAAAACUUGGAUCCUGUUAGUGAAGGAAGAGGAGUACUGCAAUUCAAGACUGGAUUAAUGUCUGUCAUCAAGCAAAAGCGGGCCAAGAGGGAUGGUGGAACAAUUGAUCGAAACCAAGAUAUUGUUCGUUUACAGGAAUUUUACAAGAGUUACAGAGAAAAGAAUAGAGUGGAUGAAUUUCAGGAGGAGGAGAAGAAAUUGCAGUCUGGAGCAUUCAGUGGUGACCUUCGAGAGUUGGAGCGAAGAACAGUGAAAAUGAAGAGAGUUCAUGCAACUUUAAAGGUUUUAGGUGAAGUUGUUGAAGCGCUUACAAAUUUGAUCCCAGAAGAGUUAAAAAGAGUAAUGGAAGCAGACGCAGCAAUGACUGAAGAAGUAGCAUACAACAUUAUACCAUUGGAUGCACCAGCACCAACAAAUGCUAUUAUCACUUUUCCAGAGGUCAGAGCUGCAGUUUCAGCAUUGAGCAAUUCUGGAGAUUUGGCAAAGCUGCCCAAUGGUUACCAAGUGCCAAAGAUGCGAGAGUUGGAUAUUCUCGAUCUUUUAUGCUAUGUUUUUGGAUUUCAGAAAGACAAUGUGAGUAAUCAGCGUGAACACAUUACUCUCUUGCUUUCAAAUGCACAGGUUCGAUUGGGUAUUCCAGAUGAAGCUGAACCAAAGAUAGAUGGAGCAGCAAUCGAUGAUGUUUUCCAGAAAUCCUUGGAAAAUUAUAUCAAGUGGUGCGAAUAUUUAGGAAUUCAUCCUGUGUGGAAUAACUUGGAAUCUUUACAGAAAGAAAAGAAGCUGCUUUUACUUUCUUUAUACUACCUGAUUUGGGGUGAAGCAGCCAAUGUUCGUUUUUUGCCAGAAUGUAUCUGCUACAUUUUUCAUCAAAUGGCAAGAGAGUUAGAAGAAAUAUUACGACAACAACGGGUACAGCCAGCCAAGAGUUGUAUUGUUGCUGAUGGAGCGUCCUUUCUGGAACAAGUCAUCUUGCCAUUAUAUGAAACUAUAGCAGCGGAAGCUGCAAUAUGUGACAAUGGUAAAGCUUCGCAUUCUUCAUGGCGCAACUAUGAUGACUUCAAUGAGUUUUUUUGGUCCUUACGGUGUUUUGACUUAGGCUGGCCGUGGCGUAAGGAAGCUGCUUUUUUCUCUAAACCCAAGAAAAAUGUUUUGAGAAGAAAUCAACGAACUGGAAAAACAUGCUUUGUGGAACACCGGACAUUCUUUCAUCUGUAUCAUAGCUUUCAUCGGUUAUGGAUCUUCUUGGUUAUGGUCUUCCAGGGUUUGACCAUUAUAGCUUUCAACAAAGGAAAAUUUAACUUGCAUACAAUAAAGGAUCUUCUUAGCCUUGGACCAACAUUUCUUGUCAUGAAGUUCAUAGAAAGUAUUCUUGACAUUUUGAUGAUGUAUGGAGCAUACGCUACAACCCGUAGCCUUGCUGUUUCUAGGAUUUUCCUGCGUUUUGUCUGGUUUGGAGUAUUUUCAGGGAUCCUUACUUAUCUUUAUGUGAAAGGGCUUCAAGAUGAGAGUGGGUCAAAUUCAAAUUCUUUCUUUUUCAGAGCAUAUAUUUUCGUAUUAGGAGUGUAUGCUGCUGCCCUGAUUUUUGUGAGUUUACUGAUGCGAAUUCCUGCUUGCCGGAUGCUCACAAACAAAUGUGACCAAUGGUCAGUUGUUCGAUUCAUGAAGUGGAUGCGUCAGGAACACUAUUAUAUUGGACGGGGUCUGUAUGAGAGGACAAGUGACUUCCUCAAAUAUACGCUUUUCUGGUUGGUGGUUUUCAGUUGCAAGUUUUCUUUUGCGUAUUUUCUCCUGAUUAAGCCUUUAGUAGAACCGACAAAAAUAAUUAUGUUUGAUAUUCCGGACGUGCAGUAUACAUGGCAUGAUUUUGUCUCAAAGAAUAAUCACAAUGCAUUGACUAUUGCUUCUCUCUGGGCACCGGUUCUGGCUAUCUAUAUUCUGGACCUUCAUGUGUGGUACACAGUUUUGUCUGCCAUUGUGGGGGGGCUUAUUGGAGCAAAGGAUCGUUUAGGGGAGAUACGUUCAAUUGAAACUGUGCACAAGAGAUUCAAACAUUUUCCUGCGGAAUUUGUGAAAAGCCUUCAAGCAACAAGUAUUAACAGGGGUGGUCGUGAUACGGCAUCUGGGCAGGUAUCUGCUGAAACAAUGAAAAGCUAUGCUGUGAAGUUUUCUCCAUUCUGGAAUGAAAUUAUAAGGAAUCUACGUGAGGAAGAUUUUAUCACAAAUCGGGAAAUGGAGUUACUUUUUAUUUCAGGCAAUACUGAAAACAUACCUGUUGUACAAUGGCCCCUAUUUCUUCUGGCUAGCAAGGUGUUUUUGGCCAUAGACUUGGCUGCAGAAUGCAAGGAUUCACAGGGUGAACUUUGGGAUAGAAUUUCCAAGGAUGAUUACAUGAAAUAUGCAGUACAAGAAUGCUAUUAUAGCGUGGAAACUACAUUGAAAGCAAUUCUGGAUGAUGAGGGUAAAUUAUGGGUGGAAAGGAUAUUUGGUGAUAUACUUGCAAGUCUAUCAAAAGGGACCAUUCUUGAUGAUUUUCAGCUAAACAAGCUGCUCCUUGUCAUAUCAAGAAUAUCUGCAUUGACUGGACUUCUGAUACAUGAUGAGACACCUGAUUCAGCAAAGGGCGCUGUCAAAGCUGUUCAAGACCUUUAUGAUGUUGUCACCCAUGAUAUUUUAUCUUAUAAUAUAAGAGAGCACUAUGAUACCUGGAGAAUCCUGGGACAAGCCAGACUUGAGGGCCAUCUUUUCUCAAAGCUUGAAUGGCCUAAGGAUGUGGAACAUAGGGAAAAUAUCAAGCGGCUCCAUUCACUUCUAACUAUCAAGGACUCUGCUGCCAGCAUUCCAAAGAACCUCGAAGCAAGGCGUCGAUUAGAAUUUUUUACAAAUUCACUGUUUAUGAAAAUGGCACCUGCAAGACCUGUGAGGGAGAUGCUUUCAUUUAGUGUGUUUACACCAUACUACAGUGAGACUGUGAUGUACAGUAUGAAUGAUUUACAAAAAGAAAAUGAAGAUGGAAUCACUAUACUUUUCUACCUUCAGAAAAUAUUUCCAGAUGAGUGGAAAAACUUUCUCGAACGGAUUGGGCGAAAACCAGAUGUACUUGAGUCUGAUCUGCAAACAAAUGAAAGCGACCUUUUGGAAUUGCGGUUAUGGGCAUCCUAUCGCGGCCAAACAUUAGCUAGAACUGUUAGGGGCAUGAUGUACUACAGAAAAGCCCUUAUGUUACAGAGCUACAUUGAAAGGCCAGAACAUCAUGACCUGGAGGAUGGACUUUCUAGGUCUGACAUAACAAGUACACAUGGAUUUGAGUUAUCAAGGGAAGCACGAGCACAAGCAGAUUUAAAGUUCACCUAUGUUGUAACUUGUCAAAUCUAUGGAAAACAGAAACAGGAACGCAAGCCAGAGGCUGCUGACAUUGCACUAUUGAUGCAGAGGAAUGAAGCACUCAGGGUUGCUUUUAUUGAUGUUGUUGAGACACUCAAGGAUGGAAAAAUUUACAAAGAGUUCUAUUCAAAAUUAGUGAAAGCUGAUGUGCAAGGGAAAGAUAUGGAAAUCUACUCUGUCAAAUUGCCAGGAGACCCAAAGCUUGGGGAAGGAAAGCCAGAAAACCAAAAUCAUGCCAUCAUUUUUACUCGUGGAAAUGCUAUUCAAACUAUUGAUAUGAAUCAGGACAACUACUUUGAAGAAGCUUUGAAAGUUCGCAAUCUCUUAGAAGAAUUUACUGUUGAUCAUGGCCUUAGGCCUGCUACUAUUCUUGGUGUUCGGGAGCAUGUCUUCACUGGAAGUGUAUCAUCUUUAGCUUCAUUUAUGUCUAAUCAAGAAUCAAGCUUUGUGACUCUGGGUCAGCGUGUUUUGGCAAAUCCUCUGAAGGUUCGCAUGCAUUAUGGACAUCCAGAUGUCUUUGACAGGGUUUUCCAUAUCACAAGAGGAGGCAUAAGCAAGGCAUCUCGUAUAAUUAAUAUAAGUGAAGAUAUCUAUGCAGGAUUCAACUCUACAUUACGACAAGGCAAUAUAACUCAUCAUGAAUACAUUCAGGUUGGAAAGGGGCGUGACGUGGGGCUUAAUCAGAUUGCAAUGUUUGAGGGAAAAGUUGCAAGUGGAAAUGGCGAACAAGUUCUGAGCAGAGAUGUUUUUAGGCUUGGACAAAUUUUUGAUUUCUUUAAGAUGUUGUCAUUCUACUUCACUACGGUUGGCUUUUAUUUUUGUACAAUGAUUACAGUUUUGACUGUAUAUGUUUUCCUUUAUGGUAGAGCAUACCUGGCUCUGUCUGGUGUCGGUGGAUCUAUUGUGAAUCAAACUAAGAAUAAUCUUGCGCUGGAAGCUGCACUAAACACACAGUUCCUAUUCCAAAUUGGUAUAUUUACUGCAAUACCAAUGAUUAUGGGAUUCAUUUUGGAGCAAGGGUUUUUGAAGGCCAUUGUCAAUUUUGUGACAAUGCAGCUCCAGUUAUGCUCUAUAUUUUUCACAUUUUCUCUUGGAACAAGAACACAUUACUUUGGCCGUACCAUUCUCCAUGGUGGUGCAAAGUAUCGAGCAACUGGAAGAGGUUUUGUCGUCCAGCAUAUAAAAUUUGCAGAGAAUUACAGGCUUUACUCACGCAGCCAUUUUGUAAAAGCAUUGGAAGUGGUUGUUCUAUUGGUCGUCAACUUGGCAUAUGGUUUUGAUGAGAAGGGUGCAUUUGCAUACAUCCUUCUCAAUUUCAGUAGUUGGUUUCUUGCCAUAUCUUGGCUAUUUGCCCCUUAUAUCUUCAAUCCAUCUGGCUUUGAGUGGCAAAAGACUGUGAAGGACUUUGAUGAUUGGACCAAUUGGCUCCUUUAUAGAGGUGGAAUCGGUGUCAAAGGAGAAGAGAGUUGGGAAGCUUGGUGGGAGGAGGAACAGGUACAUAUCCGAUCCUUGAGGGGAAGGAUAUUUGAGACUGUACUGAGCCUACGAUUUUUUAUCUUUCAGUAUGGUGUUGUUUAUAAAUUGCAUGUCACAGGAAAGGACACUUCUCUUACAGUUUAUGGUCUGUCAUGGAUUGUCUUGGUUGGGCUGAUGAUACUAUUUAAGGUUUUCACAUUCAGCCAGAAAGUAUCUGUGAACUUCCAGCUAGUACUACGGUUCAUACAGGGCAUUACUUUUUUGUCAUUUUUGACUGGCCUUGUAAUUGUGGUUCUUCUGACUAGUUUGUCAUUGCCAGACCUCUUUGCAUGUAUUCUUGCAUUCGUACCAACCGGAUGGGGAAUCUUGUGUCUUGCUGUUGCAUGGAGGCCCAUUAUAAAAAGGCUAGGCUUAUGGAAGUCAAUCCGUUCGCUUGCUCGGCUAUACGAUGCAGGAAUGGGCAUGAUGAUAUUCGUUCCCAUUGCAGUGUGUUCAUGGUUACCCUUUGUGUCCACAUUCCAGACACGUCUCCUGUUCAACCAGGCUUUCAGUCGUGGAUUGGAAAUCUCUCUUAUCCUUGCAGGGAACAAGCCCAAUUCACAACUAUAAACACUUGAGAUUUUGUACAAGUCAUUGCACAGGCUAUGCAUUUCUGUACAAGGGUAAGGUAAUUCAGACCACUGUUAUAUCCUACCAGCAUAAGACCAUGUCCUGCAGUGUAUCAUAUAAACUGCAUUUUGCAGUUCAACAGUAUUCUUCUGAGGGCUAGUAUUUAGCAUCUUGAUCUAAGCUCCCAAAGCAAAUGUAAUAGAACAGAUGUAAAUAUUUAGGUAUUUCUUUUUGGUGAUACUUUAACUUCUCUGAACAAAUUAUCCCACCAAAAUCUUGUAGUGAUGAUAAGAGUUGUCAUAUCUAGUGAUAGGAUAUUGAAAUUUUCUUGAUUUUGCAAGAAUGACAGGCUCUUGAGAAACCAGGACAGUGGGCGAUACUCCAUUUUGACAUCAACUAAAUUAUUGUGGUAUUUUAAGAUGACUCAGUUAAAUUACAAGUUAGUUGAAAGUUCUAAACGGUCAAUGAGAUAGAAUAGAAUUAAUUUACUCAUAUUAUUAAAAAAAUAAAAUACAAAUCGUUCGAGAUACAUUACCCUCAAUUUGA